GAUCUGUGAUGAAGCAUGGUUUCUUGGAGGUAAAAGGCUUGUCAGAGCCUCGAAGACCCCUGAAGAUCACUAUGGUGGCUGCAGUGAGUGAGGUCCCCGCUGGCCCUUUAAGAGGAGCGGGGCCGGGAGGAGGCAUCUUGGCUGCGGUGUUUUUGUCUCUGUCAGUGGGCGCUACUGGGCCGAGGCGGCUGGAAGGAUUUCCAGAGGGCAGGUGCUGACUGUAAGAGUGUGAGACAAGGAAGCGAGAACGAGGAGCCUGGGGAGGAGAGAUCCCAUCCUUGCAGCACAAGCAGCUGGUGAGAGUUAGUGGGUGACUGUUGGAGUACCAGCCACAGGCUCAUUAUGGCUCAGGUGCUGCAUAUGGACCCAGGCCUCCCAGGGAAACUCAACCUGCCUGCUCCCCCUUCCCUGCACAGCAAAGAACAGGAGGCUCCCUACUCAGUGGAGACCCCCUAUGGCUACCGUCUGGAUCUAGACUUCCUUAAAUAUGUUAACGACAUAGAGAAGGGAAACACUAUCAAGAAGGUGCCUAUCCAACGCCGGCCACGCUAUGGCUCCCUGCCUCGCGGCUAUGGCUACGCCGGCUCGUGGUGGACUUCCACAGAGUCUCUGUGCUCCAACGCCAGCAUUGACAGCCGACAUUCCUCCUUCUCCUACUGUGCCCCAGGCUACCACACGAUGCAGAGGCCUAGCUUCAGCACUGCGCGGGUGGAGAAGACCCUGUUGGAUGCACGCAGAAAACUGGAGGAGGAGAAAGAGGGUCGAAGAUUCUCCAACCUGGGCAGUAUGCACAGCAGUGUAGCAGGCUCAAACACCUCCAUCAGCAGUGCACACAGCUUCAACCGGGCCCAAGGUGGGGGUGGAUCCUUUACCCCCGUUGGUUCUGGCCUGUCCACCCCAGUGACCCCAACCCCAGCCCACCUGCAGCAUGUCAGGGAGCAGAUGGCAGCAGCCCUCAGGAAGAUAAGAGAGCUGGAGGAGCAGGUGAAGACCAUCCCUGUGAUGCAGGUGAAAAUCUCUGUGCUGCAGGAGGAGAAACGCCAGCUCAGUGUCCAGCUGAAGAGCCAAAAGUUCCUGGGCCACACACUGGGCUUCAACCGAGGUCGUCCCCGAGGGGAGCUCUACAUUGACAUCCCUGAAGAAGAGUUGAGCACUGGAGCUAAGAGCAGCAACAAGCCAGUAGGGUCAGUGUCUCCCACCACACCCGAGGGCUCCAAACAAGACUCAGGCUGUGAGAUUGAGGACAGAGUGAUUGUGAGUGGAGGGCAACCAGAUGCAAAGCGGGAAGUGUGCACUAUUGGAGUCGGACCGGAGGACUCCAGGGACAGUUGUCAUGUGGGAGUUGGGGUUCGGGAGGAGGAUCUGGGGCUGCUGCCUGAGACAGAGGCUCUCAGGAAUCAAGUGGUUCAACUUGAGGGCCAGCUGAAGAGGAUGAUGCAGGAGCUGCAGACUGCACAGCAGCGGGUAGCAGCAGUCCAAAAAACCCCUCAGGCAGAGCAUCCAGUCAUGGCUACGAGCAUGGGUUGGCAGGAGCCACAAGGCUGCAGCCUGCACACUCUGGUCAGCUUCACACAGCAGCCCCAACAGAGGGAACAGAGAACUGUGGGAAUCCAGGUGUACACAUUUGAGCAGCCUACCAUGGUGGAGGUAGGCACACUCCUCCGAGCAGAGACCUGCAGCAUGCCCAGCUUUCAACCAGCUGGUGGUGCCAUGGAGGCCCACCACAGAGGACAAGAUGUUCCUGUUGAGUUGCCAAUUGCUGUCAGCUCCAAGCAGGUGCGUGAUGUCCUAAAGAGCGAGUUGUCCACUUCGGUACCUGUAGCUAAUCCUGCCAUUGCAGUAGGCACAUCUGGUAAUGAGGCUGGUUUGGUGAGUUCCCAAAAAGGAGAGACACACCUGCAAAUAAACACAGAGACCAUCCAGUCACAAGAAGACCCUACGACAGCCUCAUCUCCCCAGUCCUCUCUGAGGUCCAUCAUGAAGCGGAAAGCAGAAGGUGAACCAGGAUCUCCAUCCACCAAGAAAAACCUACAAUUCAUUGGUGUUAAUGGAGGCUAUGAAUCCACCUCAUCAGAUGAUAGCAGCAGUGAAAGCUCAGACGAGGGGAGUGACUCCAGUGAAUAUCAUGAAGCCACAGAAAAACUACCAGAGUCUACAAUCCAGCACCGAGAAAGCAGCAGUGUACCUCACCAGGCUGUCGCCAAACUACCAGCCGUCGUUCCAGACCCCCAGUCACCAGCAACGGAUACUGUUGUGCAAAAAUGUGCCUCACAGCCACCAGCCUCUGACCCUACCCCAACUCCUCCAUGUCCAGUAAACAGUUCUGCCUCUAAAGAGACUACCUGCCAAUCAUCAGAAAUGCAAACCCAGGAGAUUACAUCAUCAAGCACUGAAUCCACUCCUGAGCAAAGCUCUAUAACACACCCAGUCACCUGCUCUUCACCACUGUCUGGCACUAAAACCACUGAGAUUACCAAGCAGCAAUAUACCGUCCAGUCGGAAACAGCUGUCCUCUCCAACCAGUCAGAGGCAAAGCCAGCAGCUGAAAGCACCACAGCAUCAGCCAAGCAAGUCAGACUGGAGCUGAGUGACAGCUUGAUGUCAGCUCUUUAUGCUCUGCAGAAAGCCCUGGGGGAACCCAAUGCCUUCAGCCAACCAGGAGCAAGAGCAGCAUACACCACCGUGCUGCAGGAGUGGCUGCGUGUGUCCUGUCACAAAGCUGCAGACACGGCUGUUGUCAAAGCCUAUAUGGACACCGUCGCCUCAGUCUCCCCUCGGCUGCUGGAGUUUGUGAUCAACAUGGCAGACGGCAACGGGAAUACUGCGCUUCACUACACCGUCUCCCACUCCAACUUCCCAGUAGUGAAACUGCUGCUGGACACUGGCUUGUGUAAUGCUGACAAGCAGAACAAGGCGGGCUACACAGCCAUCAUGCUGACAGCUCUGGCUGCCUUCCACUCUGACAGCGACCUUCAGACUGUCCAGCAGCUGCUGCGAACUGGAGAUGUCAAUGCCAAGGCCAGCCAGGCCGGUCAGACGGCACUGAUGCUAGCGGUCAGCCAUGGCCGAGGGGACAUGGUGCGGGCGCUGCUGUCCUGCGGGGCGCAGGUCAACAUCCGUGAUGACGACGGCUCCACAGCGCUCAUGUGUGCCUGCGAACACGGUCAUGUGGACAUUGUGCGUCAGCUGCUGUCUGUGCCAGGCUGUGAUGCCACUCUCACUGAUAAUGACGGCAGCACCGCGCUGUCCAUUGCCCUGGAGGCUGGUCAGAACGACAUUGCUGUGCUUCUGUACGCUCACCUCAACUUUGCAAAGCCUCCUUCCCCUAUUUCACCGAAGUCUCCUCUCUUGGGUUCUUCCCCUCCUGCCGGUGAAACCAAAUAAAUCAUAUUGCCUCAGCAGCUGGCAGCAACUCUAGAGCCACCCAACCACCACUACCCAUAUUAUUGUGUGAACUAAGAAAACAAACAUUUGUGUGUGUGUGAGUGUGUGUGUUUUCACCCUCCAUAAUUUAUGCAGAUUAUAAUGUGCAGACAAUUACAUGACAGCUUGCACCAUUGCUUGUUGCACACAGUGGUUUUUUUUAAUAACAGCGCUAGUUGAAAACUUGGAUUUCUUAUGUGAUGCAAUCUGAGAAACGGUGCAUCGGUUGCAUAAACAUUUGUUCAAUCUUGCAGUAAUCCAGUUUUUGGCACAUAUCAAAACUGUUUACUAAAUUACAUUAGACGGUUCAUAAUCAAACACUAGUUUUAAAUCAUGUGGAUUACAGUUUCUUUCUGUAACAGGAAUGAGUGCAGCAGCUGUCACACAUUUUCAUCAUUGUGUGUGUGGCUGUCAGUCAUUUGGAAAAACAAAAGCCCCCCCCCAUAGAUAAGUGUCCUUGCAUCAACUAGCUCAUUGGUGCUACAAAAAUAUGAUACAGAAAAUACCACUUCAACAAUAUAUCAGUGUUUAUACACAAGAUUUAUUUACACUAGAGUAUUUUUUAUAUUGGUUUUUUAAAAUUCAGGACCUCCAAGGAUCGUGAUUUUUAUUUCCUGGGCAAUAGUUCAGUCAUGACACCUUUUUAACCUGAGGACUCAAUUUCUAUUGUGUCGACCACAUUUCCCCAAUUAAACCCAAAGAUGUCUCGCUCCUUUGGACGUUGUGACACUGUGUGUUGAGGACAGGCCUAGCAGCAGUGUGGAAGAAAAGAGAGGUUAGCAUGAUUCUCUGAAGGCUAUGAUACUAUGUUCUUUGUAUUUUUAUAUGUGAACGUAUUUUGUAUGGUUUAAGGAAAGACUAAAGUGUGUCUGUGUGUAAUAUUCUGUGCUUAUACGAUUGGACAAGGAAAAUUUCUGAAAGUACUGGUGAAGCCAUCUCAGUUCAGUAGGAUUUGUCAGGGAACAAGAAAGCGACUGAGUGGGGUCUUAAAAGGACGUGCGUUGUAAGAUAUAAAUAUCCAAAUAAUAUAUGUCAAUAUAGACUGCUAAGUGUGAUGCAUACAAUCAAAUUCCUUGAUGAAAAGUGCAUAGGCUAUUGAUGUCAAAAUUUCUAUUGCUUUUUAAGGAUUUUUUCACAGUUUUCAUAUUCACUUUUAAAUAACUGAAUUUUUAUGAACACAAUUUUUUUAAUUUAAGUAUCUUUUUAUACAUUUAGAUUUUUUUAAGCUCACCUACUUUAUGUAAUCACACAUUAUUAUUACAUUAUGUAUAUGUUUUAUGAGGUAUG